AAUAAAAAUAAUUGCUCAAUACCUGUUUUUAUCAAGGGUUCAUAGAUAACAUUAAGGAGGAAAUUAAAAAAAAUAUUUUCAUCCAGGUACCACUUAAGUUGAUUAUUUACCAGCUUUUCAAAACCUUAGCCAAGUAACAGAGUUUGUAAAUUGGUCUUUAGUUAUUGACCCAGGAAGAAUCACAACUUUUCAGCAGUGGGAGUACAAAGCAGUUCCAAAAUAUCUGGUAAAGUGUUCUGCUAAAUGGAAAGAUUAAAAAUGUAGCACACUGGUUCAGCAAUUAUAUCUGAAUAAAUAUAUAAGAAAAAAUGAGAUGAAUUGUCUGAACAGGCUUACCUUUUAGUGUCGAAGCUCUUCAAGGCCUUACAUUCCUCCUCUAGCAUAAAAAGUUUAAAUGAAAAAGUAUUACUAACUAAGAUGUUAGUUAAAACAAUUGAGCAUUUCAGCUUUGUGUGUCAGAAUUGGAGUCAAUAAUUAGUUAAGGUGGUAGGUCUAAAGAAUGAGAGCAGGCAGAAAGAGAAUUUAUAGCUCACCAGAACCUCCCAGGGUCUUUUUUUACUGUAAGUGGUUAAGGUCAAAAAGUAAUCACAUUUGACGUUCCUAAUGGAGCGUUUGAACCUAUUACACAGUUGAUGAAAACCAAUCGGCAUCAGACUUUAUUACAGUUGCUCACGCCUGGUUCUUCUCAUGUAGGAGAGUGGCCUAUUCAGAAUUUUAACCAGUCGCUGUUAUUAUUAAUUAUGAUUAUUACUUAUUAUUAAUCUCUGGCUUUCUUCCACAGUAUGUCUUUGUCCUGUAUUUUCUGAUUGCUGAGUGUUCUCUGUAUGAUUGUAAGGUCUUUACCUUACAGUACAAAGUGACUAUAGGCCACUGUUGUUGUGAUUUGGUGCUUUUGUUUUAAAUUCACCUUGAUUACACAGGCAACUCUCAUGAAAAGAAAUGUCUCAUUUUCAACAGUGGCCUGUUUUAAAUAUCAACACAAAACUACAACAACAAAUAAAUAAAAUGCAACUAAAUUUAAUUUAGAAAAAUAUUUUUAGUGCUUACAUAACUAAUCAAUAAAGAAGCUUUGAGGUUAUGUGGCUAUCAUUGUGGUACCCUGAUGAACUUCAAAUUAUAUGUAAUUUUUAUACAUAGAAAUGUUGCAAUAAUACCAUUAUCAGUGUAAUAAUGUAUAAUUCUCCAACAGGUGCACAGGAACCACAUCUCAGGAUUGCACUUGUUGGGAAGACUGGAGUUGGGAAGAGUGCAGUAGGAAACACCAUCUUACAGGAGAAAGUUUUUAAAUCAACAACAUCGGCUGCAUCAGUAACAGCAGAGUGUCAGAAAAGUAAUAAACAAUUUGAUGGUCAAUUACUGCAUGUGGUUGAUACUCCAGGUCUGUUUGAUACCAAGAAAAAACAGACUGAGGUGACGCAAGAGAUCGCUAAAUGCGUCUCCUUGGUUGCUCCUGGUCCUCACGCGUUCCUGGUUGUGAUUCAGGCUGCAAGAUUCACAAAAGAAGAAAAAGAUACUGUGCAAAUAAUUCAGCACAUGUUUGGAGAAAAAGCAUCAGAUUACACUGUGGUCUUGUUCACCUGUGGAGACAAUCUGAAGGCUGAUGGAGUGCCCAUAGAAAAAUUAAUAAGUGGAAAUCGAGCUCUCUGUGACUUCAUCAGUCAGUGUGGUGGAGGAUAUCAUGUUUUUAACAACAGAGACGAGAAUCCAUCUCAGGUCCGAAAGCUGCUGCUGAAGAUCAACACCAUGGUUCAGAGCAAUGGAGGACGAUGUUACACCAAUGAGAUGUUCAAAGAGGCUGAGGAUGCCAUAAAAAAAGAGAUGGAAGAACUACAGAAAAAACAGCCUGAUAUGAAGCCUGAAGAAGCGAGAGAAAAGGCAGAGAAAGAUAAUUCAUUUAUUCGAAAUGCAGUCAUUUUUGCAACUACUGCUGUUGGAGCUGUUGCUGGAGCUGCUACAGGCCUUGGAAUGUCUGCUUGUACUGGAGCAGCUACAGGAAGUCUGGCAGGUCCAGUGGGAGCUAUAGCAGGAGGUGCAGUAGGUCUUGGAGUUGGCGCUGCAGCUGUGAUAAAAAAGGCAUGUGUUAUGCAGUAAAAGGCUUUACUGAUCUGCAUCUGCAUUAUGCCAGCUGUGCUGUUUCACCCAGUUUUUGCUUAAAACUGGGUGAAAGAGCAUUCUCUAUUGAGUUGGGCACAGGAUACACACAUAUACACAUACACAGAUUGAUAUUACUAAUAUUUACUUACUAAUAACUUGAGGGGGUAGGGACAAAUAAGUAAAUACUUCUGCCUACUCCUUUUCAAAUCCUGCCUAAUCCUGCCUAAUCCUUUUGAUUGUGAAGGCACAUGUUUGAAAUGUUUGAAAUAAAAAUGAACUGAACUGAUAUUGCAUGUCUUUAUAUGGUGAAAGGUGUGAAGAUGUAUGUGCUUUUUUUCAUGUGCUGUUUGUUUUUCUGUUCUCAAACUGCUCUUGUCUUAGAAUCAGAAUAACUUUGACUAGAGACCGGCCCACCAGGUAUUACAGGAAAAGUCAUAAAGCCUUGGAAUAAAAACGAAUGCUCUUUUGACAGUGAUGUACACUGUCUUGUUGAAAUAUGUAUGAUUUCUAUACAUUUUA